GAUGAUUGAAUCUUUGAAGUUUUGGUUCAAAAACGCAGUAGCCUUGCGAAGUCAUUUUAUCUGUCAGACUUCAAACUGUCAUGGAAAGCCUUCCCCGGCGCGACAUGGAUUGGAUCAGGAACAUUCAGUGGGAACGGCUGACCAGCUCAAUCCAGGACGGCGACAUCACUCCGUGGACGAAUCUGUGGCGGCAGGCGAGCUUCUUCUACGCCCACGAUGAGCACUUUUGGGCCGAAGCCACGGCACUUUUGCUAGGGCUGACCUUCGUUGGGAUGUUUUUGUUGGCUUGGAUCGCCAACUUCGUCCGGACAAAGUUUUUCGAAAUCGCUCCUCCGAUGCCGACGGAGGAACGGAAGCUGUUGGCGGUUUUGGAAGCGGUGAAGCUAAUCGAUGAAAGUCGGGACUGCCUGCGAAGGAUUAAUGAGACUUUGAAGAAUCCAAUCGAUAGAACAGUUGAACAGCCAAGGACGUUACCAAAGGGCCAUGUUUUGAUAGAAGAUUCUGAAGUCACUGGGUGAAAUAUCUCAAGAUCAAGAGAAAAAAGUCAAAACAUUUUUUCCUGUGUAGUAAAUUCUCCUAAAAUCAGCUUUUCAAAAACUUUAAUCAACUUUUCCAGCUGUGCUGCAGCGCAAAAGCAUUAUCCCUAAUCCUUCUCCGCAGCUGCACACAAAAGCUCAUUUUUCACUCCGCAAACCAGAAAAAAGCUCGUCAAAAUUUACUACUUCCCGCGCUCGUGUGUGCUGC